CUUCUUGGAGUUUUAUCCAGAGAAAUGCAUAUUAAAGUUACAGUCUGGUCAUUUUGAGUAGGAAUCUUCUGACGUCAGAGUCACCGGUGUUUAAAACAACCCGCAUCUGAGCUGACGUGUUUUAUGGUACUUUUUAUAUAGCAAAAUAUGAAUUUCUGACAUCAAAGUGGUCACCCUGCCGUAGAUAUUAUGUUACGCUUAUGCAACUGUAUCUCAGAAGAAUAUAGGGAACCAGCCAAAGGCAACUAACGCAUGUUUGAAAAGCGCUGGAGAAGCAGCUCAGCAAAAUUAAAUAUGGGACUCUGGUUCGCCCUAUAAGCAUCUAGGAGCCUGUGGUUUCCAAUCAAUUGGUACAGUGAAACACAGCAAGCCUGCGAUAGCGCGGAGACCUGCAGUCUCGCUACAUUCCUGGAUAUUUGGAUCUGUCUACCAUGUCAUACCCACAGUUUGGAUACCCCUACUCGUCUGCACCUCAGUUCCUGAUGACUACAAAUUCAUUGACUACUUGCUGCGAGUCUAGCGGCAGGACUCUUUCGGACUCCGGAGUCAGCGCAUCUGCCCCAGCGCCCGUUUAUUGCCCCGUUUAUGAGAGCAGACUGCUGGCCACCGCUAGACAUGAGCUCAGCUCGGCUGCGGCUCUGGGCGUCUAUGGUAACCCCUAUACAAACAGCCAAGGCUAUGGCAAUUACGUUACUUACGGCACCGACGCCUCGGCUUUCUACUCGCUGGGCACGUUUGACACAAAAGACGGAACAGCGUCUGCGCAUGCGGGGAUCACGCAGGCUGCCGCUUACUACCCCUACGAUCCGUCCCUAGGGCAGUAUCAGUACGACAGAUACGGAUCAAUGGAUGGAGGAACACGAAGGAAAAAUGCCACUCGAGAAACGACGAGCACACUGAAAGCCUGGCUGCAGGAGCACAGGAAAAACCCUUACCCCACCAAAGGGGAAAAGAUCAUGCUGGCUAUCAUCACUAAGAUGACCCUAACUCAAGUCUCCACCUGGUUCGCCAAUGCCAGGAGAAGACUGAAGAAGGAGAACAAGAUGACAUGGCCUCCUCGAAACAAAUGCUCCGAUGAGAGGAGAUACGACGAUGAUGAAGAGGUGGCAUCUCAAGGGGAGCAGAUCAAAACCGAGAACAACGAGGAUGAAAGCCGAAGUCGGGAAGAUAAAGACCUACAGCUGAGCGACCUGGAAGACUUCGACACCAUUGACUCAGAAAGUUCCGAGUGUGACCUAAAACACCAGUUUAAUGUCAACACCCAUAUGGCGACAACCGAUUGUCCCAAUGAUCACCUUAAGGAAAGACCAUUAAAAAUUUCAAUCCCGGUUUCUCUCCAAGGCAAUCAAGAAUUGACCAAAAGCUGCCUGAAAACGGGCUCGGAAGAUUGUGCAGAAGACGUGGCGAACGGCAGGCAGACGAAAACAUGCUUUCAGCAAGGUCACCAAAUACUAGAGAGCAAACCAAGAAUUUGGUCGCUGGCUCAAACCGCCACUUCAUUGAACCAAAAUGAGUAUCCAUCAUGUAUGCUGAGAUGUCAACCAACCAUGCCACCUUCUCCGGGAGCCUCCUCUCCCGUCAAUGUCAUUGACAGACAGCAGGAUUCUCCAGUCACCACUCUUAGAAACUGGGUAGACGGGGUCUUCCACGACCCGCUAUUUAGACACAGCACUUUGAAUCAAGCAUUAACCAACACGACAGUUUCUUGGACAACGACCAAAGGUGCAAUACUGGAGACCGGUACACUUGGACGCUCUGUUGGAAGCAAUGUAAUCAAAGGGCACAUUCCUUCGCUACAGCACCAAUAAUCUAACGGGAAUACGUGGAUAUUUAGCCAAAACAGGAUGUUUUGCGGUAAACAAACUUAAAUCUCAUGUGAGAUGCACUGUUGUGACGGCACUCUCUCUGGGAUGCACUCUUGCGAGGGCAAAGCAAGAAGUGUAUGAUCUGAAUGACAUUGCAUCCAAGGUUGGGAUUACCAGUGUAUGUGAUUAGUCAAGGGAUUACUUAUACAUAAGUGCAUUUGGGUUUUCACGGGCGAAACUCCCCCAAAAUGAUCUCUUCAAAAAAGUAUUUUUCUUCCUUUAAACGCACGUGCAAAAUAUGUAAUUGUAUAACUGGACGUUUACAUUCGAGAAAAGAAAAAAAAGUUUUCAAAAGGAGGAUCUGUUUUUCGUAUGGCAUGCAAAUGUUAAUCAUUUUCCUUAAUAUUAUUUAGUGCUCUGUCAUUGUUUACCGAUGACUCGCAAAUGUCACUGUUAAAAGUAUCACACAAUUGCACAAGUUUCCUAAAGCUGGAAGGGUAUGCUUAACGAUUGUUCACUUAAAUAAAUGGUCUGUUUUGGA